AUGAGUAUACCUCUAAAUCUCUAUGGUGGUCGGAUAUUCUUUUACUUGCUAAAAAAAUUCCGGAGGAUUUUUUUUGUGAACAAUUUAGAUUUCAAAGUUGGUGAUGAUUUUACUACUUCCUUUUGGCUUUCUUCUUGGUUGAAAGAGGAAACUAUUAGUUCUUUAUUUCCUUCUCUUUUUGCUAUUUCCCGUUUGCAGGAUGCUUCCAUUGCUAGCACGGGAGGUUGGAUUAAUGGGGAGUGGCAUUGGAAUGAUUUUGGAAAUCCGAUUUUUCCGGAUUCGGAGACAGGGGCAGCAGCGAUGCUGCGUUUACUGUUGGGGCAGCAGCCCUCCGUAUCGAUGGUUUGCGCCGCGGACGUUCCGAGGUGGAGGAGGACGGAGGAUUUUCGGUUUUCGCUUUCAUCGUGUUACGGAGCGUUAUGUGUUAGGUACACUCAAUAUGGCCCUCCUAAUUGUUUUGAUUUCGUGUGGGAUUAUUUAUGGAAGAUUGAAGCCCCGUUAAAAUGCAAAGCUUUUGAAUGGAAGUGUUUUUUAAACAGAAUUGCAACAAAGGACUUGCUUGUGCACCGGGAUAUUUCUUUUGCCCCUUCUAAUUUAGCUUGUGUUUUCUGUGAUGGUUGUGCGGAAUCUUCUUCCCAUUAUCUUCUUCUUUGUCAGAGGGUGAAUGAGGUUUGGUUGCAAAUUGCUAGUUGGAUUGGUUUGUCGGACUAUAAAGCGGGUGAUUUUAAGGAGAGUUUUUGGAAAUGGCAUUUGUUUUGUAGAAGGAAGAAUUUGAAAAAAGGGAAGGUGGGGUGCGUGUGGUUGACAACGAUAUGGAGUUUAUGGGUUUUUAAAAACGGUAUUAUUUUCAAGGAUUGGGUUUGGAAUUCCCGGGAUGCGGUUUGGGGGGUGAAAGCAUUGUUAUGGAGAUGGGCUUUCAUUGAGAAUAUUUCUCAACCCAAUUGUAACUUUUAUGAGUUUGACAAAAACUCUUUGUUAUACUUUAGUUAG